AAAGUUUCACUGUGUUAUUUUAAUUGUAUAUAAUGUUAUGUUAAUUGUAUGUAAUGUGUAUUUUAUUACAGAAACUGAAGAGCAACAGUGUCUGAGAUUUCAGAUCGAGUUGGAAUUCAUACAGUGUCUUGCCAAUCCUAAUUAUUUAAACUUUUUAGCACAGAGGAAUUACUUGAAGGACAAAGCAUUCAUAAGCUAUCUGAAAUACCUUCAAUACUGGAAACGACCCGAGUAUGCCAAAUACAUCAAGUACCCAAUGUGCUUGUAUUUUUUAGAAUUGCUCCAAUAUGAACAUUUUAGAAGAGAAAUAACGAGUGCUCAGUGUGCUAAAUUUAUUGAUGAUCAGCAAAUACUUCAUUGGCAGCAUUAUACUAGGAAACGUACUAGAUUUCUUCAACCACAGCCAGAAGCAGCUGCAGUAACUGCAGCAGUUCAACCAUCACAGAAGCCCUAAAAUUUUAUUCAUCCGAAACAAACGAGAGGAGAAUAAUCUCUCUCACUUUUUCUCUAAAUUUUGUUUUCAAAUUAUUUGGGGCUAAAUGUCAUGUAUUUUACUUAAGAAACCUCUGCAUUAAAUUGACAUAAAUGAAUUA